UUUCGGUAUAAAGAUUAAAAAUAAUGUUAAGUAGCAGGGAACUUGUGUGUUUGUGACUGUCAUGUGAAGUGUCAGUUUGUAACAUGACUCAGAGCGUCACAGGCGGAAGGUCACGGAGCAGCAGAACGGAACGGAAGCGGGAGUAAAAAGCCUGUCCGCCAUUGUGGAAAAUGACACAAAGUCGCCGUUUGUAACAACCAGAAGAAUCAGAUCAUCGUUAGAUCUCACCACGGGAGGAAAACGCCGCCUUGUACCCGUAACAGAGUGAUUGGACAACCCGGGAGACGAGCCAGGAAAGCACCCAAGUGCAAAUAGAGGCAGAAGAAAGCAGUGGACAGUCUCACAAACAGCUAUCAGUUUCGGUUCCUGGAGGAUGUCUGCGACCACAGUCGAUCAGAGACCUAAAGGACAAGGAAAUAAAGUGCAAAACGGAUCAAUGCAUCAAAAGGAUGGUGUGAAUGAUGAUGAUUUUGAGCCUUAUCUAAGCGGCCAGACAAAUCAGAGUAACAGCUAUCCACAAAUGUCUGACCCCUACAUGCCAAGCUACUAUGCUCCAUCCAUUGGUUUCCCUUACUCUCUGGGAGAGGCCGCUUGGUCCACAGCAGGAGACCCUCCUAUGCCCUACCUAACUACCUAUGGACAGAUGAGCAAUGGCGAGCCGCACUUCAUCCCUGAUGGUGUGUUCAGCCAGCCAGGUGCCCUGGGGAACACCCCUCCCUUCCUGGGUCAGCAUGGCUUCAACUUCUUCCCUGGUAAUGCAGACUUUUCCACCUGGGGUACCAGUGUCUCUCAGGGUCAGUCCACGCAGAGCUCAGUCUACAGUAACAGCUAUGGGUACGCCCCCAGCUCGCUGGGUCGGGCCAUCACGGACGGACAGGCAGGCUUUGGAAGCGACACCCAGCAUACUAAAGUCCCGGUGCUGAACAGCAUUGAGCAAGGUAUGACGGGCUUAAAACUGGGUACGGACAUGGUGGCAGCUGUCACCAAAACCGUGGGCUCACCCCUUGGAGGCACAGCAGGUAUGAGCAGUAUGGCAGCCAAUAGCCUCCCUCUGUCGGUCAGCUCAUCCGCACCUAAACCUGCCUCCUGGGCAGCCAUUGCCAAGAAGCCGGCCAAGCCACAACCCAAGGUCAAACCCAAAGCCAACAUGGGGAUGGGGGGAGGCGCCAUUCCCCCACCCCCCAUAAAGCACAAUAUGAACAUUGGUACUUGGGACGAUAAAGGCUCUCUGAACAAGCCCCCAUUAGCUCAGACUAUGAUGCCCCCGCAGCCUAUGGUGCAGCAGCCUCUCCUAGCUCAGCCCCAGCCCUUACUGCAGAACCCAUUGCCCCCUCAGCCUCAACACCAACACCAGCCCCAACAUCAACACCAACACCAACACCAACACCAACACCAGCCCUUCCAGCUCCAUUCUCUCCAGUCCCCCCAACACCCCCAGCCUAUGCCCCCUGGCCCUCCACACAUGCACCUGUCCUCUCAACCUGGCCCCCCACAUCCCCUUCAUCAGCAACAACCCCAGCAGCCUGGUCCACCCCCCAAUCGUUGGGUGGCUCCCCGGAACCGGGGUGAGGGCUUCGGUCUGGGUGGGGGAGUCCCACUGAGUGCCUCUCCUUGUUCUGGAGAAGUGCAUCCCGUGCUGGAGAAACUCCGUGCCCUUAACAACUACAACCCCAAAGACUUCGACUGGAACUUGAAAAAUGGACGCGUUUUCAUCAUCAAGAGUUAUUCUGAAGAUGACAUCCACCGCUCAAUCAAGUACUCUAUCUGGUGCAGUACAGAACAUGGCAACAAGCGUCUGGAUGGUGCCUACCGCUCACUGGGCAACAAGGGGCCCCUGUAUCUGUUGUUCAGUGUCAACGGGAGUGGGCACUUCUGUGGUGUGGCUGAGAUGCGCUCACCGGUGGACUACAAUGCCUAUGCAGGCGUCUGGUCUCAGGACAAGUGGAAGGGCAAGUUUGAGGUGAAGUGGGCAUUCAUCAAAGACGUGCCCAACAACCAGCUGCGACACAUCCGGCUGGAGAACAAUGACAACAAGCCAGUGACCAACUCCAGGGACACUCAGGAAGUGCCUCUGGAAAAGGCCAAACAAGUGCUUAAAAUUAUCGCCGCUUACAAGCAUACCACCUCAAUCUUUGAUGACUUUGCACAUUAUGAGAAACGUCAGGAAGAGGAGGAGGCUCUGAGGAAGGAGCGCAAUAGAAAUAAACAGUAACCUUCAAGCAAGCUCUCUGCUAGAACUGCAACACUAAUGACGUAGGACCUUAAACAAAAUUUGCUUAACCACAAGGAGGAAAGGCUCUCACAAAUUUCCGCUCAAGACAACAAUGUAUCUGAACACUUGAACAUGACAGUAGAUGGACUCAUCUGUAUCUGUUGACUGGUGCAUCAAACCCUGUGUUCCUGUCUCACAAGAAAAAGAACGUAAACCACUUUAAAAACUCUGUGGUUAAAGCACUUUCAGUCCUAAACAGCCUCUACCAAUACCCUUAACUCUCUAACUCUGUGUUCUUCUUUGAUUUUGUUUGUGAGCAACUAACUGACUAACAGAAGUAGUCAGAUUUCACCAGGCUUAUUUGUAAUUUUUUUUUAAUGCCUCAAAUGUUGGGAUAUUGGUGAGCUUCCUCAGCUCCUGAAGAGAAUUAUAGAUGAUCUGUAUGAAUUAAUCUAUUACUUGAAUCUGUAUUCAGCCAUCUGAUCCUCCUCAGACAGAGGUUUGGAUGAUUGACAGGUGGGACGAAAUAAUUAGGAAACAGCCACAAUCAUGCCAAUCAUUGGAUGUAUCCUCCCUCUACCCUUCCUUUUCUACAUCUGUUUCUGUGUACCAAAAGAUUACAAUUAUGCAGCAGGCUGGCAAGUACUGGCCAGUGCACAUCUUUGUUUUUUUUUGUCUCUCGUGAUUCUGUCAUUCUUAAGUGCAUUUGUCUGAGGAGAAACCUGCUGCUCUGGUAGAACUAGCGGUGGCCUCCUUGGGCCCUGUGGUAGACUGUCUUUGCUCUGAUGUUGAUGUACUCUACUGUACCUCAGGCUCAAUCAGACUGUCUGUCCUCAACAACUCUGAGCACUUUUGGGAGAAUCCCAUCACUCCUCCUGCUUGGCUUGACUGGGAUUCCCCCAAAACGGCAAGACAUCAACUGCAAGGAUGUGACAGUUUUCUCCUCUAGGUAACUCACUAGCUAAAUAAAAAUGACCCAUGUUUUUAGCGCAAACCGUGCUUUUGUGUUUUUACUCAUUUGCCUCAGAAAUGUAUGCAUUACUUCUAUGCUUCACAGUAUCACACACUCACAUGUAAACUCUUGCAGCACAAGCAGAUCCUCCCUUUUCUAUUUGCAUAUGGGCAUCUAAAUAAGUGAGUGUAUAGAGCAGCUCCACUUCCACAUCUGCUUUGCAUUGCAGCAUAUAACUAACAAUAAGUGUAACGUGUGUUGGUGUUUAGGGGGGAGGGUUUGACCAUAUAGUCAAAGGUGUACAAUAAAUAGACUUGAAGAUGACACCACAUCAACAUGCUUGCUAUGUGGGAGGUAGCCCUGCCAGCCUAAAGGGGGUUUGCAUCACAGUACAACUGCAGGGUUAACAACCAAUAUUGAAAUGUGUAACAAGGACAUGGUCAUACAGGCAGUGGUGGAAAGUAACUAAGUACAUUUACUCAGGUACUGUACUAAAGCACAAUUUUGAGGUACUUCUACUUGAGUAUUUCUAUUUUCUGCCACUUUAUACUACUACUCCACAACAUCUCGGAAGCAAUGUACUUUUUACUUCACCACAUUUAUUUGAUCGUCACUUUCAAGGUUAUGAUUUCACAUAAACAAAAAAACAGACAACAUACAAUAAUCGUAUAAAACAAACGCAUUGUUACAGAUUGAACCAGUUGUUUGCAGGCUAUUUGGCCCAUGAAAUUUCCCCUCCAAACUUCUCAGAUUGUUUAAUUUAAAUAACUUAUUAAAAUAAAAUUAUCCAAUAUUUCACAAAAACACAAAGAUUAAAGACAAGUCCAAAAAAAUGGGAACAGAUAUGUGUAACGGACCUUUUUCUUCUUCUUUCCUCGCCCAUUAAUCAUCUCAAGACCCCUCAGAUUUAUCUUGUGACCCUUUGGGCCCAACCCCUAGAUUGGGAACCACUGAACUAAACUAUCUAACUGUGUAUGAAGUAGUUAAAACUAGCUCCACCUCAACCAACUGCUACAGUAAAAUGCUGCUUAUGACGAUGCAUCAAUAUUAACAAUCUAAUAUUGUCACAUAUAAUAAUACAUUAGUCAAAGAGGUCAUUCUGCAUAAUGAAUAUAUUUAGUUGAUACUUAAAGUACAUUUAGCUGAUAAUGCUUCUGUAGCCUAGUUGUAUGGAAUUUUGAAUGCAGGACUUUUUACUUGUAAUGACGUAUUGUUACAUUACAAACUCAUAAGUGGUACAUUUCUGAUAAUCCCAUCUAUUAUGUACAUUAAGCUUGCGGACAAAUUGUGUAACAUGUUGGGGUCUAUUGUGCAUGUUAUGUAUUGUAUUAUAUUUUUCUUAAUCCACAGAAAAUAAAUUGACAUUAUUAAUUAGUACUCCCAGA